AGACCGAUGUCACCGAGCAUACUGCGCAUGCGCAAGCUCGACGACGACUGACCGGCCGCCAUCUUAGUUGUAGUUCUCGGAGCGCUUGUGCCGCUGCGGUUUGCAGGACUCUCCGAUCAACUUGCGCCGUGUGAAGAAAAUCGACUUCGAUCAACAUCGCAUGUGCUUGACAUUACUACUCAGACCUUCUAGGCCUGUAUAUCGUGAUCAUGGCAUGUAGACCUAUAACCGACAACCAGGAAAAGUGGACCAGUCAGACAAAGUCACUGAACCCAUUCUUUGGAAAAGAACACAUCUAUAGGUACAUAGAAAGCAAAGGUGCUCAAAAACAUCGAGAUGCUGGGAUACGCCUCUUCACUUCAGGACAUUUGCAGAAGCUGCAGUUUUUGGAAGGCAGUGGUGCAGAGACCGUUGUACGUGCAGAAGUGCUAGCUUCCAUGACUACUAGGACCCUGUACAAGGCAUCCAUCAAGUUGUAUAAAUGUGAUGGUGAGGUAGUUUCGGGGAGCUGCACCUGCGUUGCAGGCAAAGGUGCAGUGUGCAAGCACAUCUGCUGUGUCUUGUAUGGUUUAAUGUACAUUGCACAGCAUGAUCUGGCAUCUGUGCCAGACUCUCUCUCGUGCACAGAGACAGAAAGACAGUGGUACCACCCCAGAGACCCCAGGAAGGUCACGGAAGAUUUUGAGAAUGUAGUCUUUUCCAAGGACACCUGCGACAGGAUCAGCUGUGCACCAGAACGACACCAAAAACGAAUUCAGUAUUCAUCUUUGAAAGCAGACAGAAAGGUGAUGAAAACACCCAGCCUGAUAAACUUGCAUGGCAAUCUUAAGAAAUGCGGCCUCGACUGCUUUGCCGACAUUCUCGAGGCAAACGACUUCUUGCCCGUGAGAAUUGCAGAAACAGCAAAUUGUGCUGAAGAAGACAAAGGAAUGCCGAAACGAUGGCUUGAUGCUGUAAAAGCUGGAAGUGCAGUCCAGUACACAGUUAAUGACGUGAAUGCUGUGGAGAAUGCCACAAGGCUCCAGAGUGGAUCACCCAUGUGGCAUCAUUACCGGAAAGGAAUUAUAACUGCAUCAUCGGCGCAUAGAGUGUACACAUGGGUGAAUAGUACGUGCAAAAGAAAGAUGGGGCCCCAUGAUGUGCGCUCUCUGCUAAGCACUAUCAUGGGUAAGAAAGUGCGUGCUACUUAUGCCAUGAAGCGGGGCCUUUUAUGCGAAGACAGCGCAAGGAAGGCCUUCCUUGAAAAAAAUAAACAGCACGUGGACAUCGACGUGAGGCAGUGUGGUCUUUUUUUAUGCCGCAACCAUCCUUUCCUUGGGGCAAGCCCAGACGGAAUCGCUACAUGCAGUUGUUGUGCACCACGCCUUUUGGAGAUCAAAAGCCCCAUGAGAAUUGAUGCAUUUUGCAAGAAUGAACUGCGUGGUGGAUGCCUCAAAGCCAGCAGCAGGUAUUUUACCCAGGUGCAGACACAAAUGGGGGUUACCGGUCUGAAGAGUUGUGUCCUCUUCGUGUACAGUGAAGAAAAGUGUGUGCAAGUUCCUGUACUUUUUGAUGAGGCAUUCUUCACUGAGCUGGUGAAGUGCUGCAAGUUUUUUGCUGACCAGUACCUGGUGCCUUAUUUCUCUGGAAAUUGGCAGCUUUCUUAAUCAGUGUAAAUUUACUGUUCCUCUUUGUCAUCCCUUUCUGCAUGAUUUAUAUUCUGCUGGUGUAUGAUGUACUAUGCGUAAUCUCACUUUAAUGACGUGUGCAGAAAAUUAUCCUCGGUACUAAUAUAUCCCAUGUAUCAUGUAUCUGGCCGAGGAGUGGCACAAAGCUGCUACAUAGCAGCUCUCUAUCUGUAAUAAUAAGUGUUGGGGCUUAAUGUCCCAAAACCACGAUAUGAUUAUGAGACACGCCGUAGUGGAGCGCUCUGGAAAUUUCGGCCACUUGGGGUUCUUCAACGUGCACCCAAAUCUAAGUACACAGGCCUCAGGCAUUUUCACCUCCAUAGAAAAUGCAUUGUGUAACACAAGAAACUGCGAACAUGCAUCGUUCAAGCUGGUUUAUGCGAGGAAUACCCCAAUGACGUUCAGUGCAAUGUGGCCAAAUGUCACCAACAAAGCCAAUCUUGAUCUCACAAUUUAUCUACAAAUGAGCCAAAGAAGCAAGACUGCUUGC